AUGGGUUGUGCGGAGUGCGGGCGCUGUGGGCACGCACCUGGCAGUGAGGGGUGCGCCGUGCUGUUACUGUGCUGCCUUCCUUUUUUGUCCCCUUUUCUCUUUCUCUUGGCCAACGCGGAAAAGGCGUCGGCAACGACGAGUGUCUCUGGCGGGGCCCCGGAGAUGCGCCCCCAGGCGGACGGCAUGCUGAACUCCGCGGCAAACGCACACGACGCCAGCGGCGACUUGGCCAUUGCGGCGGGCGAGAAGCCGGGCGUCGCUGGAAAGAGCAACGGGCACGGCGCUGCCGAGGCGAACGUUGAGGCCGCCGUUAACUUGAAGAACCCGCACCCAAGCCGCAACGGCGCUGUGCACGCGGACCCACGCCAGGAGGCGAUCCUGCCAGCACCCUGCGCCGCCGUGGACGAAAACCUGCGGGCCACACCCAACAAGGCCCCGCUUCGGGGGGGGGGGGGGCUCGGAGCAGCGGCGCUCCUCCCCCAUCGUUUCUCACGACGCGCCAGAUGA